GGGAGUGGAGCCCCGCCCAGCGCCUACGGCAGCGCGGGGGACCCAAGAGGCCGCCGCCGCAGCAGCAGCGCGGAGACCCAGCUGGACACCAGUGCGGGGCCGAGCCGGUCUUUAUCUGCGGUAUCACUGUGCUUCUGUCGCAAAGGUUUGGGCGACCCUUCCCUUCAUGAGACAGUUGGAGAGCAUAUAUCAAAGAGCCACAACUCUUCUGCCUAGGAAGCACGACUGGUAUGGGUAAUGGUGUGAAGGAAGGUCGAGUGGAUUUAAAACAGAAUGGCGUGGAGCCAAUUGUACCCGGCCAUGUUCUAUCUGAGGGGAGCCCGGAGAAAAGGAAAGUGAUCCACUCCCUGAUGUCUGGUGCAUUGGCUGGUGCUGUUGCAAAAACAGCAGUGGCCCCGCUGGAUAGGACAAAAAUCAUAUUUCAAGUGUCUGCAAAAAGAUUUUCUGCCAAGGAAGCCUAUAGGCUGAUCUACCGCACCUACCUCAAUGACGGCUUCUUGAGCCUGUGGCGCGGGAACUCGGCCACGAUGGUCCGGGUGAUCCCUUACGCUGCCAUCCAGUUCUGUGCGCACGAAGAGUACAAGCAACUCCUGGGAAGCUACUACGGCUUUCAUGGAAAAACAUUGACUCCUUUACCCAGAUUCAUCGCUGGUUCGCUGGCAGGUACAACAGCUGCCAUGUUAACCUACCCCUUGGACCUGGUGCGAGCCCGAAUGGCUGUCACGCCGAAGGAGAUGUACAGCAAUAUCCUCCACGUCUUCAUCCGAAUCUCUCGGGAGGAGGGGCUGAAGACCUUGUACAGGGGCUUUGCGCCCACUAUCCUUGGGGUGAUCCCGUACGCCGGACUUAGCUUCUUCACCUACGAGUCGCUGAAGAAACUGCAUGCAGAUCACAGUGGGAGAGCCCAGCCGUACCCCCUGGAACGUCUCGCGUUUGGUGCCUGCGCAGGCUUGAUUGGCCAGUCGGCCUCCUACCCUCUGGACGUGGUGCGUCGGCGAAUGCAGACGGCUGGGGUCACGGGACAUGUGUAUGGUUCCAUCCUGCCCACCAUGCGAGAGAUUAUAAGAGAAGAAGGACUAAUCCGAGGCUUGUACAAAGGACUCAGCAUGAACUGGGUCAAAGGUCCAAUCGCAGUGGGAAUAAGUUUCACAACCUUUGACCUUACCCAGAUCCUUCUCCGUAAAUUACAGCUCGGCACUAAUAUUGAAAGGUAGUGGCGUCAUUCCCCAGUAUAACAGGGGAGUACAGUGUAAGUGUGUGUCUAGCAAACACUAGCAUUGGCCCAUUCUGUUAGUGCUACCCCCCCACUGCUGAGAUUUUACUUUCUGUUCUUUUUUUUUCUAUUUUUUUUAACAAGCCUCCGAGUUAUUGCCAAGCCCAGACAUGUAAGUAACCUUCACUAAAAUGGGUGAAGCGUCCCCCAGCGUCUCGGUGACAGCGGAGCUGCCUUCUCUAAGUAGCUGCUGCCUCCUUGUGUUUAACUCUUUUAUACACACUAAGCUAUUGCUGGCUUCUCUCCUGGGCUGAUGAGGUGGUGUGGAUUAUAGAAGAGGGGCUGCCAUGCUGCCUGGAUGGAGCUGGAAAUCCGGGAGGUGAAAGGGGUUCCUGCUAGGCAAUUCUUAAUGACUACACCCUGGCAAGCAGUGUUUCAGCGUGAGUCUGCAAUGAACUGCACAUGUGAGUGGAGAGGGUUAAUAGUCUUUGAAAUGGAACAUCCAGGAUUUAAGUUUUUAUUUCAAAACAAUUUUUUAACUCCAAAAUUCGGAGGUGAGCUCGGGCAGGAAGUGUGGAAGUGUUCCUCCCUUCAGAUAGCACUCGUUCUGGUUUUACUUUGUGUUCAACAAAACAUCCCACCUGAGCAAUGCCCCUCUCUAAAAUCAGCAAAGAUGGAGAGUUAGGAGAUCAGCUUUCAAUCUGGAAUUCCUGUGCCUGGGGUCGUAAACUGGAUUCACUUGAAAUAGUGGUGCUUUCAGGCUACUUUAAAAACCUCUCUAUCCGGAGUUGCUGUAUUUUUAAAAGCAGCAUUUUCGGAAGGAUUUAUCAGCUUGCAGUAUUAAGAGUGGGGAGUGUUACAUACUCACAGUUUAACCAAUGAUGUCUUUAAUUAUUGUGGUUGCUGCUUAAACUGCAAUGUGAGAAUAAACUCUGCGGGGGCACACCUAUGAAUAACCUUUCAAGGUGGCAGUUUUGAGUGGGUUCAGGCUGCUGGCCCUGCUUUGGAACACCCUUGGUGCGCACACGCUCUGGCGGUCAUGUCACCUCAGCUGAUUAACUUUUGAUUCCAGUAGCUUAUUCUUAGAAUUGUGCUGGACCAACUUGGCUCGUAGAAAAUAGACCCAGUUUGCCAAGAGUAACAUAAUUGUCGCCCAUUGGGGAUUGUGCCAGGUGUGCCAGUCCUUCCCAGCUGCAAGUGUGAAACGAACCCCAAGGGGAUGCGCCCACGGGGAAAGCCCCAGACUCAGAAAUGGAACAGAGUCCUUCUGAGACAUCUUCCCUGAGACAUCUUCUCCCCCCACAACCCAUUGUAUUAAAUGUGAGCACUGGUCUGAAGAGAGACUGGAACCCAGAAGUCCUGAUGGGCUGCAGCCUUCAGCCACAUAGCUCCUGGGGGUGCCCACUAGGAUAGGAGUGAGAACAGUGCAGGGUGGUGAGAUUUGUCUGUCCAGAAGCCUGGGGUGUCUGUACUAAAACCUCCGAGGCGAGAAGGAGACUCGAGGGCAGUGCCAGUGUCGAAGCGCUGGACCCAGAGGGGUGAAGAGGUGGGGUUUUGUUGUUGGCUCUGCAGCUAAUUUAAAAACCUCUUUUAGCCAAACCUUUUUCCCCCGAUUUUCCUGACUGUUUAGUCCAGCAGCAGACCUGAUUUCAGUCUAACCAUGUUAGCAGUGGUCUUUGGUUUCUUGAACAAUAGGGUUCUUAAAAUAACUGUGUGUGUUGUGUACGUUUUAAAUAGCUGGUUUUCCCCCUGUUUGGAUGUACAAGGGGGGAACCCAAAGCGCUUAAUUCUUCUAUUUUCUUGCAUGAAUUAAAACUUGUUCCAAAUCUGCUAUCCUGAAAUGCGGGACCCUGAAGCUUCUCUAGUGUGCUGGGUAGGAGGGGGCAGUGCCACUGUGUGUAAUGGACUAAUGACCUUCGUUUUGGUCCAGGAAUCUCCCAGGAGUCUGUUCUGUAUCCCACAGAAAGGAGGCAAGCCCCAUGUAAAUCUCUUCUCUCUCCCCUCCCGUUUCUCUGGAAUUGUUGACCAUCUGACCCCAAAUUGUGUGACUCUCUUUAAAACUAGAAUAAUUAGCAGUCAAACACUGUUCAUUUGCAUUUCCUUCUCUUCAGCUCCCCUCUACCAUAAUUGAGCGCCUUGGGUCCACCCCUGGCUGUUUGGGGCAGGCAGGUCUGAUGGAGAAUAUCUAAACUGGCACAAGUGCAGGUUUGAUGUUGGUUCCCAGAACAGUCCGGCAUCGGAACCCUCCUUGUCGAAUGCAGUGGUGAGAGGUUUCAUUUCAAAUGAGGAUUCGAUACCAGGGAUGUGUGUUCCUUUGGAAAGUCCUUGAGUAUCGUUUGUCCAGUGUGAUCCCUUCUCCGCUGGAUGUGAAAUGGCAGCUGCUCCCAGUGCCUGGCCUAGCUCUUUGGCUGUGUGAACUGGUGGUUGCCUGGGUGGAGAACACUGGGGAGGAGUCCUGAGGGCCAGGUAAGGGGCACUAGUGUGGGAAGCUGGGGAGGCUUUCCAGCAGUGGGUCAAGGCAGAACUUACCCAUUUGCUGCUGCUGCUGGGAGUCCUCCCUGAUCCCCAGAGACCUGCCCCAAGCAGUCUUCUCCUGGUUCUCUGGAAACACAUGGCUGCAGGACCUGAGAGUGCCAAUACAGCCUGGGUGGGAAGACAGGCCAGCAGCAACCAAGGUGGAAGGCAGAUCUGUGCGUGCAGAGGACUCUGGUGGGGAAAGGGGAAUGCUGAGAAGCCUUGGCACCUGUGAGAGUUCACCAUCAGUGGAAGUCAUGGGGGUGACAGUCCCUGCAAAGCAGGCAGUGGAGUGGGAAUAUCCAUUGAUACUUUAUGGUCAUUUUUAGAAGCCCAGUCCAGCAGCUGGUCUGAGGAAAUGAUGGUACGUCUGGAACUUCACCUGACAGCCAUUGGCCUGGCAGUGCUUAAGUAUUACAGGUCUUGCACUGUGGUUGCUUUAACACAGAAGCAGUCAGUGCAUUUCAGAAGAAACUUUUUUUAACAAGAAGUGUGUGAUAAAUGGACUUUGCAGGGUAGCACCAAUCUGAGAAGUCUGUGGCCUCCAGCAUCGGUGGGUACAGCAUUGGUGGCAAAGGGGAAGCGAAACAUUGGAGAUCAGUAAAAGUUGCCUCGAAAACAGUAAAUACCUGAAUGUAGUUAACUCUGAUCGUAGGGCUAAUGUGGUAUGUUUUGGGCUCAGUCCGUGGCUCAGAGCCAAAAUGGAAAAGGCUUUUUCAUUGCAAUGUCUGGUUCCUCUUACCCGCCCUGGACUCUUUCAUGCAGUGUUAUGCAGGCACUCUUGUUGCCUGUCUAUGCGCAGAGCACAAAUGCCUUUUGUAAAGAUUUUUCUCAUCCAUUAAUGUGUCAAACUUGACUGCUUUCCUUGGGUCUGGAGUUCUAUUUUAAUGCAGUGAAGACACUGUUAUAUAAUGUUUUAUAUAUAUAUAUAUUUUAAAAUUUGUGCCAAGAGAGGAGUAUAUUUAAUAAAAAAUUAACUGAC